AUGAUGGCUGACCGUCGAACCCUCCGUCUUACUCUCCAAGCAAUCUCACAGCUCUGCUCCUCUCUGAAACACAAGUACGAUGCGGAUGUGGUUACUGAGAUACGGCGACUAGUAUCGACUAUUUCCACAGAUUCCCUGGAAAUCCGAUUACCUCAUCCGUCGCCGGAAAGGUACGAGCUUUACGGGAAAUUAUAUGGCGCUGAUGUCUAUGAGGACUCCACAAUGUCAUGUGUGGUCUUUGGAAUGAAGCAUGAAGGCGGGAAGAUCCCCUUGCACGACCAUCAACAUAGCUUUGGAUUCAUCAGAGUUUUGAGGGGAUCGUUGAGGAUAAGAUCCUUCUCCUUUGUACAAGAUGAAAAUAAAAAGGAGAGGAAUCUGGUCUCGGCGAGGUUUGAAGGUAAGAAAUUAUUAUCUUGAUAAGGAUUUGUGAUACUGUUUACAGUAUCCAUGACGUUAAUGUUAUAGGUGAACAAGAAGUUGGUGUUUCAAAGUCAGAUGACCCCGACUCCGUUGUCUUUCUUGAUCCAAUACAAGGAAAUAUCCAUGAAGUGACUGCCCUCGAACCCGGGACCGCCUUCUGUGACGUCCUUGCCCCAGGCUACGUUCAUCCAAUCAACUGUGUAUAUUAUGAAGAGACCGAAUCCAUUCAAAAACCUGGUCAACUAACCCACCUCAGAGCCGUGCCACCCCCUCGAGACUACGUAACGGAGCCUUUGUGGUACAGAACAAUGGGACAACUCUUCCCUGUACAGUAA